AUGGCAGAUUGCUUUAUCGUUGACCAUGGUUUGCUGACACAGCUUGCCAUGUCACAUGCACAAAUCACCCAAGACCCAUGUGUUGCCCUUCAAUUGGAUCAGGAGAAGGCCUAUGAUCGAGUCAAGCUUAUGAACCGUUUUACGCUACUUUCUCAAAUAUGCUUGUCUUUUUGUGGUAAAAGUAUUGUAGCAAACUCACUCCUUCUCAGCUCAGUAUGGCAUGUGCAAUACAUGACUCAUGUACCACUAUCUUCCUUCACUGUCAUUCGCACUCAUAUUCGCUCGUUCCUGCGGCUGGGUUUCGGUAGCCCUGGUUGGCCGCUUCUCUGUCUGCCACGCAAAUCCGGGGAUUUGGGCCUGAUUGAUCCCGAUCAUCAACAACGAGCUCUUCAGUUGUGCUGGAUUCUCCUUAUCUUGGACUCUCACUCUUUUUCUUCUACUUCCUUUAUACUGCCAUACCUAGAAUCUAUACUUCCUCUAAACUUUUGCGCUUCUUCUGCCAGUAUCGCACUUUUGUUUCUCUGUAGUAGUGCAACUUGCCCGACUUUACUUCUUCCACUGCAUCGCGCUUGUACCUCACUUCUUCCAGCUUCACUCCCAUCAAACUUGCAAUUGCCGCUAUCCGUGGUCCAACACUUCCCAUUAACUGCAAUAUGCAUAAGCGUGCCACCCUUUGUUGAAUCUUCUCUGAACCUGAAAAAAAAACUUGUUCCUGAUGAAUUUUCUAUGGAGGCUGAUGACCGUCUUGUCCGCAAAGUUCGUGGUACAUCUUCUCAGGGACGUAACCGUAUAGGCCACUUCUUCCAACAGAUUGAUUUUUGCAAGAUGAUCCUCUGUCCUUGGGUUCUGUCUUGCCUUGACCAUCGACUUUCCAUUGACACCCCUCCGCCCGAUCUUUCUUCACUCCUUUCUUUGCUAGCACUGGAUCUCUCCGACGCCAUCUUCGCCCACAAGUGCCCUCAUCUCUACAUUUGUCCAUCCAAUGGCGUAAAUUCUGGUCUUUCUCUAUCCCUCACCGCUGUCGCACAGUCUGGUGAAAAGUACUUUGGGAUAGAUCGCCAACACGAAAACGUCUCAACCUACUUAUACCUCGACGCUUCCCCAGCUCAUCUUGCAUUUUUUGUCAAGAUACUACUGAAGAUCAGUAUCACUUUUCCUUUGGCUGUUCUAUCAAACGUCAGGUGUGGAACGUCAUCCUCUCUCGCUUUUGCCUGUCUUGGAGCCUUGCUGACAUCUGCCUUCUCCUUACCAGAGGCAGCCUCCCACCACGUUCCUCCCAUCAAGACCUUUGGAUUCUACUUUCCGUUUUCACUAUUGAAGAAAUCUGGAGUGCUCAUUGGAAGUUUGUUUUUUGAUAAACAACCCUUUCUAUCUGGAGUUGUGGCACAAAAAGCGUCCACUGUAAUAGAAAAACACAUUGGCACACUAGCUUAA